AUGGCCCACCGUCGCGCCUUCUGGGAGUGGGCGUUCCACGCGCCCCUCGAGUCCGGACAACCCGUGAAUCUUCGUCGCAAGCGGAAACUUCGCGCCGUUCGGGCCCGUCUCGCCUUCACAAGCUUCUGCAUCGAGACUUGGGGUUUUUACGCCUUUCUCGAGAAGUUGGAGCAACAGCCCGAGAUGUUUUGGCUGGGCGGGCAGCCUGGGCGUUCCAACCGCGAAGGCUCUACCUACGUGGGGCACCGCGCCGAAAGUUUGACAUUGACGCACGCGUUGAACCCGACAGCGGACGAGCCAAACCGGCUUUCGCUCGUAGCGCUGGCGCGCGUUCGCCGGGACCUGAUGUCCAAUAUGAAGCCGAAAGCCUCCAGGACACGCUGA